AUGCAAAAUCCAAGAGCAUUAGCAAAUAUUAGUAAUCAAGCACCUUCUUUGCAAAAACAACAAAAGAAGGCUGUUUUAUCUCAACCAACACCAACAAAUAUUAACAUUGUUAAUUCAGCACCAAGAUCUUUUUCAGUUUAUACUCAAGAAACUGAACUUGAAAAUGCCUAUAAAAAAAUAAAAGAACUUGAAGAGCAAAAUAAAUUAAAAGAUCAAAUUAUUAAAGACCAAGAACUAACUUUACUAUUGUUAACAAAUUCAAAUGAUUAUAGUGACAAGUUAACAAUUAAACAAACCAAUAAUCGUCUUAGAAAAAUUCAACAACAAAAUAUUGAAAUUGAAAGUCUAAAAGAAAAACGUGAAGAAGACCUUUAUAACAAUGAAAAAUCUGAUAUUCUCGAUAAAAAAUUAACUCAACAUAGAAUUAGAUCAAUUCAAAAGUUAAAAGCUGAAAAUCAAGAACUUCGUCAAUUGAAUAGCAAUAAUUCAAAAGUAGUUAAUGUUAAUAUUGUUAAUGAGGAGCAACUUAAUCAAUCAUUACAAACAAUCACUGUUUCAUCACAACCACAACCACAACUACAACUACAAUCACCAACACAAGUUGAACAAUCAAAAAGACCAAUUUAUCAAUAUGAUUUGGAUUUCGAUUAUGGUAUGGAUAAUCAACACGUAGGUGAAUGUUGA